AUGUCUGCCUCACCAUCAGCAGCAGCUCCGAAUCAAUCGACCAAACGACGUCUCGAAGAUCCCUCUUCUCCUUCUCGGGACGAUCAGCCUGAAGCCAAGCGACCAGCACUCGAUAACAUUGUCAAAAGCGAGGAUGAUCUGGAACUAGUGGCAGCCCCUGAGACCUUAGAGCUACCCGUCGUCAGCUCUGAUCCAGAAGGCAAGACAGAAGUUACCAAUGGCACGAAAGCAGAGGUGAAGGACGAGCAAGGAGACACUGUCGUUCCAGAUGCAGCUUCACAUUCAAUUGAAACAUCGGUGACCUCUACGCGAGACGACACCAAUAGAGGAUCAAGCCUUCCACACGACGAGAGUGGUUGGAUUCACAUUCGUUCUGUUAUCACAAGUGCCGAGGCCGCGACUGUUAUUGGAAAGGGGGGAGAGAAUGUUUCACAAAUCAGAAAGGCGUCUGGUGCGAAGUGCACAGUCAGUGAUUAUCAGAAGGGCGCAGUGGAGAGAAUUUUGACUGUUAGCGGUGUUGUUGAUGCAGUAGCAAAGGCAUUUGGCUUAAUUAUUCGCACACUGAAUAACGAACCACUGGACGUAACUUCUGGGCCUCAGUCGAAGACAUACCCGCUUCGACUUCUCAUCCCUCAUAUCCUCAUUGGAUCAAUCAUCGGCAAAGGCGGAGUCAGGAUCCGCGAGAUCCAAGAAGCUUCUGGUGCUCGACUCAACGCUUCUGACGCUUGCCUCCCUCUUUCUACUGAACGUUCAUUGGUAGUCCUCGGUGUUGCUGAUGCCGUUCACAUUGCCACCUAUUACGUAGGGAGCACCCUCUUUGAGCAGCUAUCAGAGAGAUUCGGUGGCCCUGCCGCAUCUGCUUAUGCUUCUCGGAGUGGCGGUCCUGCUGGUGUCGUUCCUGGAGGCAUGCAGGUUGUCCCGUACGUGCCUCAGCCUGCCGGAGGAAACUAUGGUCACCCAGAAAAUCAUCGUCGCCCUGAUCGUGGUAAUCAUAACACCCCUGGGCCAGCCUAUGGUCAAGCUUAUCCCCAAGGUGGUCAGCCGGCUCAGCAACCUCAAGUCCCAAUGCAUUAUGGCGGCUCUCCUGCAGUUGGAGCAGGGUAUGGAGGCGUUGGACCACAGCAACCUCACCAAGCUGGUCAGGCAGGCCCUGCAUCUCACGCCGGACCGCCUGCUCAGCCAAUGCAAGGCUUGGUACCUGGCCAACCACUGACUCAACAAAUCUUCAUUCCAAACGACAUGGUGGGCGCUAUCAUUGGCAAGGGUGGAGCUAAGAUCAAUGAGAUCAGACAGCUAAGCGGCAGUGUUAUUAAAAUCAACGAGCCACAAGACAACAGCAACGAACGUCUGGUCACGAUUACGGGUACCCAGGAGUGCAAUCAAAUGGCAUUAUAUAUGCUGUACUCGAGACUUGUUCUGCAAUUGACGACUGAAAUUGGGUUUUACGGCGCAUCAUGGGCAAUCCAAAACUGGGGGGAGCGUUAA